AUGGAGGGAAGGCGGAGGAGAUGGUGUUAUUGGGUGGUAACGGUGGUUCAUGUGGUGGGUAUACUGAUAUUCACUAGAGGGUUCUUGCUCACUCGAACUGAACUUCCUUAUUAUAGCCGCUGCUCCGACAUUUCUCAGUCUCCUUGCUUCUCACCUUCUCACAAUAACUCUUAUUCUUCUUCUUCUUCUGAUUCUGAUAUUAAUUGUAGCAAUAUCAAUCAAGGCCAGCACUGCUGGACCAAACCUGCUGUGGAUCGCCUUAUCAUCAUUGUUCUUGAUGCUCUCAGGUUUGAUUUUGUCGCUCCCAGCACAUUUUUUCCAGAGAAAAAGCCAUGGAUGGACAAGCUCCCCGUUUUACAAAGAUUAGCAUUCAAACAAGGAUCAUCUGCGAAGAUUUUCAAAGCUAUUGCAGAUCCCCCUACCACAAGUCUUCAACGUUUGAAGGGCUUGACUACUGGUGGACUGCCAACUUUUAUCGAUGUUGGAAACAGCUUUGGUGCACCUGCAAUUGUUGAAGAUAACUUCAUACACCAGUUGGCUGUAAAUGGGAAGCGGGUAGUAAUGAUGGGUGAUGACACAUGGAUUCAGUUGUUUCCUCAUCAUUUUAAUAAAUCUUAUCCUUACCCAUCUUUUAAUGUGAAAGAUCUUCACACGGUAGACAAUGGAUGCAUUGACCACCUAUUUCCAUCCCUAUAUCAAGAAGAUUGGGAUGUUCUUAUUGCACAUUUUCUUGGUGUGGAUCACGCUGGGCAUAUAUUUGGUGUUGAUUCUAUUCAAAUGAUAGAAAAGUUGGAGCAGUACAAUCUCAUUCUAGAGAAAGUAAUCGGGGAGCUGGAGAGUCAGUCUGGGCCAGGUGGCUUACAUGAAAAUACUCUCCUCCUUGUGAUGGGUGACCAUGGACAAACCCUAAAUGGUGAUCAUGGUGGAGGGAGUGCUGAAGAGGUGGAAACAUCAAUUUUUGCCAUGAAUUUUAAGCAGCACCCAGUUUCCAUUCCAUCUGAACUUGACACUUCAUUUUGUGAGCAAGAUUCGGACGGGAAGAAGAUGUGUACCAGCUCCAUUCAACAGCUUGAUUUUGCAGUAACAGUGUCAGCUUUACUUGGUGUUUCCUUUCCUUUUGGAAGCAUUGGGCGCGUUAAUCCUGAGCUAUAUGCUUUAGGUGCCGGUACAUGGAAUUUGGAGGACACUGGAGAAGGAAAUUGCAAAAAUCAGUCAACAUUGGAAGAAUGGUUACAAAAUUAUGUAAAUGUACUUUGCAUCAAUUCUUGGCAGGUCAAAAGAUACAUUGAUGUUUAUUCUGCUUCAUCAAUGAUUGGAUUUUCCUCUGAAGACUUGCUACUCAUAUCAGAUAUUUAUUAUCAGGCUGAGGAGAAAUGGUCACACACUAAGAAAUCUUUAUUUUAUAAAAAUGAAAGUGGCCACUCCUUGUUGCCUGUUCUUAAAAGGCAAAUUGGUGCUUAUUUUAAUUUUCUAUCAAAUGUUUCAGCGCUAGCACGCUCCAAAUGGACUGAGUUUAAUUUGAGGAUGAUGGGCAUUGGUCUUGUGAUUAUGUUAAUAUCACUUCUUAUCAUAUUUCUUGCUAUUUGGCAGGCAAAUAGGCCACAUACAGUUUUUCUCCUUCCUUCUGGAGAUAACAGGAUUUCCUUUGAUUUAAUAUUUGCAUUCUUUAUAGUGGCAAUACGUGCAUGCAGCUUGUUUUCAAAUAGUUACAUCUUGGAAGAGGGAAAAGUGGCAAUUUUUCUGUUGGCCACAACUGGCAUUGUCAAGUUACGAUGUUCAAUUGUGAAAAAGAGGAUGCUAUUUGAAGCAGUUUUAUUUCUUCUGUUAGUCUCUGUUCUCCGAUUCACCAUUGAAGUAGGGUUGUCAAAGCAGGCUGCCACUUCCUUAUUUUUGAAUGUAUCUCCCUCAUGGAUGCUUGGGAUUGCCCCAGACCAUCCAAUGUGGACUUACAUGUCUGAAAUUGGGCCAAUUCUAGCUCUAAUCUUAUUAGCAUGUUUACUGUACAGAACCAUUUCUGGUACCUAUUGUCUGGGAAUUUGGAAGUAUGUUAUCAUGGGAACUAUUUCAAGUUAUAUACUCAUAUCAGUGCACUGGGGAUCUGAAAGUAACAUAUCAAGUCUGCCUUUGUUGCUUCAAGGAGUUGGAAGAAGUUACAUCCCCAGAAUAGUGUAUGCUAUUGGUGUGGGCCAACUAUUGUUAAUGGCAUUUGGUCAUCUUUUUACUAAAGAAAAAGCUUUAGAUGAAAAAUGGAGCUUAAUAAUGAAAACAGUGGCCAUGUUAUCUGCAUGGAGUUCAACAAUCAUUAUUCUGUCAGGACAACAAGGUUCCUUGGUUGCGUUAGCAUCUGUAAUUGGAGGGUAUUGCAUAUUGAGGCUGGAGAGUAUGGAAGAAGAUGCCAUCAAUGGCUCUGUGAGAAUGUUGAAUUUCAGUCCCCUUGCUGUAACACAAUGGAAUCUUUUAGCUGUGUGUCUGUUUUUUGCCACAGGUCACUGGUGUGCUUUUGAUGGCCUCCGCUAUGGUGCUGCAUUUAUUGGGUUUGAUGAGUUCGUCCUUGUUCGUCAAGCAAUCCUUCUUACAAUCGAGUCAUUUGGCUUUUCUCAUGUUCUUCCUAUUUUUGGACUUCCAUUUCUUGCUGUGUGCCGAUAUUCACUGGGUCAGACCAACCAUGGGAAAAGUUCUAUUUUCUCACUGCUAUGUCCGAUGUACAUGAUGUUUGGACUCAUCACCACCGCUACAGUCACCGCCACUAUAAUGUGUGUCACCAUUCAAAGGCGGCAUCUAAUGGUAUGGGGAUUGUUCGCGCCAAAAUUUGUUUUCGAUGUGGUGGGUCUUAUCCUCACUGAUGUGUUAAUUUGCUUGGCUUUGAUAUUCUAUUCUGGUAAAGGAGAAGAUGAUGCACAGCAGGAUCAGAUUGCUGAAAAUAAAUACCCUGGAGAUCUUCACUCAAAAAGCUUCACUGUUGAUGCCAUAGAAAAUGAUUAUCAAGAUUAGUAGUUCGAUCUGGUUAGAAAUUUAAUUGGUUCUUCUUCACGUUGAUUUGAUUUGAUUUUUAUCGUUUUUGUUCACCGGAGUGCAAGCUUUCUUGAAGCUUUUUGGAUUUUUUUUUUUUUAAUUUUUGUUUUAAUUUACUGUAAGCCAACUUGUGGAGUGAUUAUGAAAAGCGGACACAAGAAUUUCACAA